AUGAACUCGGUACGCCCGGCGCGGAGUGUCUUGUCGAGAUGCGUCUCCUCCGCCUCGAGCGCACCGGCCGCCCUUCCCUACCGUCUAUUCCACAGCUCCGUUAGCCGGUCAGGUCGGAGGCGAUCACGAUUCAACAACAUCACCGCCGAGAAGAUGGGUCUGACGACCCCCGAUGCCAUCGAAAAGUAUGCGAAACAAAAUUUCCCCGAGUACACGGAACAGCAAAAGGAGUUUCUGAAGGAGAAGUACACUCCCGAGCAAUGGGAGGCUCUCCAGGCCGCCGAGGAGGCCAUUGACCCGAAAGACUUGGUGAUCCAGGGUCGGUUACGGACGGAUCCCUACACGCAGCCCUACAUCGAAGACUUUUCGACGGUCCAGCCCAUCAUCGAUAUGAAACCCCAACCGCCUGCAAAGCCCGUGGAGCACAAGUGGCUCCCGAGGAGAGCGUGGAUCGACGACUACAUUGAGAAGAUGGCCGACAGAGUCGGCGGCCAGAUGCAGGAUACCAUGGGCAAGGCUUUUGCCAGGGCGCUGCGCAAGAUCUCGCAGACAAACUCGGCGAAGCUCGACUUCACCGAGGAGGAGCUGCACGAGCUUGAGAUCAACCCCGAGUUGCGUCGCAAGUUCUUGGUCGACAACGACGCCGAUGUGCUUGGGAAGAAGAAAGAGAAAAAGACCGGGGCGGUUUCCAUCGCAACCGACGACUGGCUGAAGGAGCUUGACAAGGAGUUCUUCAACGAGAUGGAGGCUUCCCUCAGCACCGAGGAGAACCCUUUCCGCUCCCGCGUAGCCUUGUGGAAGGAAGCCGACGGCAAAAGCACCUCGGCGCUUGCUCCUGAGCUUGGCAAGGUCGAGGGUGUCAAGGGACUCUACCAGCCCCCGGAAGACGUCGAGGACGACGGCCUCGACCCCACGGGUCGCUUCAUUAAGCUCAAGCAGGCUACCGGCAUGAAGAUUAGCGACAUUCUCUCCAUUCUGACCAAGAGAGUCGUCGUUCGAUCCGUUUCCAACCAGACUCGUCUGGGUAAGAUCCGUAGUGCUUCCGUCAUCGUCGUAGCCGGUAACGGAGACGGCAGACUGGGAUUGGGAGAGGCCAAGUCGACGGACCCCGGUAUCGCGACGGCGACGGCCACACUUCUGGCCAUUCGCAACAUGAAGCCUAUCCGCAGAUAUGAGAACCGCACCAUUUACGGCAACGUUGAGACCAAGAUUUCGGGAACUGUUGUGCAGCUCUUUGCCCGUCCUCCAGGUUUCGGACUUCGCGUCUCUCACAGGAUAUUCGAAAUGGCCCGUCUCGCCGGUAUCCACGAUCUGGCAGCCAAGAUUCCCCGCUCCAAGAACCCCUACAACACCGUCAACGCCGUCUACAAGGCCCUCAUGAACCAACCCGAUCCGGAGGAGAUCGCCAUUGGUCGCGGAAAGAAGAUGGUCGAUGUGAGAAAGGUCUACUACGGCGGAUCUGUAUAUUAA